AUGAUCAUUGUUGUAUUCACAGCUGCUUUAUUAUUUCUGUUUACUGUACAAGGAGAAAUUGAUCUCGUUGAUAGCAACAACAAUAAUGUCCAUCUUCAAUUGCAAGAAUUACGUCUUGGACAAUUAAAUGUUUGUCCACACGAAGAGAUUGAAACAGUAACAGUACGUGAACCAUGCGUUCAUGCUUAUACGAAAUAUAUUAGAAGUCGAAAACCAGGCUGUAAUGGACAAUUCCGCUCGUGUUCAGUUCGAGAACCAAAGACAGUAUAUUAUCGUACAUAUAAAAAUGUCACACGAACAAGAAGACAUACAACAGCACAGUGUUGCACAGGUUGGAUUCAGGUACCCGGUAAAGAAGGUUGUCAACGAGCAAGUUGUACACCAGAAUUAUGUCAUAAUGGUGGCACUUGUCAACCGUCAACAUCGGACAAGAGUGAGGAAAUUUGUCGCUGUUUACCUGGAUUUCAAGGUGCUCGAUGCCAGUAUGAUAUAAACGAAUGCUUAGUGGAAAAUGGUGGUUGCCCACAUGAUUGCGUCAAUACGAUCGGUACAUUCUACUGUCGUUGUUUUGCCGGAUAUCAGCUUGAUAGCGAUCACAAAAAAUGCAUUGAUGUUGAUGAGUGUCAGUUUGAAAACGGUGGUUGCGAAUUUCGAUGUCUGAAUACGGAAGGUGGAUAUCGUUGUGAGUGUCCGCCAAGAAUGCAACUUCAUUCAAAUGGUCGUCGAUGCGUCCGUGAAAACAUUUGCGCAACAGAUAAUGGUGGAUGUGAGCACAUUUGCGAAGAAAGACAUGGACGAUUUCAUCGAUGCAAGUGUCGUCAAGGGUUCAAACUAGCUAACGACAAGCGGCGAUGUCAUCCGAUUGAUCCUUGCGCGAUAAAUCGUGGUGGUUGCGAGCAACACUGUGUGAAUGAUAACGGAAGAGCCGUAUGUCAAUGUUAUCAUGGUCUCAGGAUUGGACCGGAUCAGAAAUCAUGCGUUGAUAUCGAUGAAUGCGCAACAACAAAAAAUUCAGAAUGCCAGCAUGAAUGUGUUAAUGUUUAUGGAACAUACAGGUGUCGUUGUCGCCCUGGAUAUCGACUACUACCAGAUGGACGCCAUUGCAAACCAAUAAUUGAUCCGUGUCAGGAUAAAAAUGGAGGUUGUGAGCAAAUUUGUGAAAGUAAUGAAGAUGGUAGUCUGAAAUGCUCUUGUAAAUCCGGUUAUCAACUUAUCAGCGAUGAUAAAUCAUGCUCUGAUAUUGAUGAAUGCACCGACAAUAACGGUGGCUGCAAGCAACUUUGCAUUAACUUACCUGGUAGCUAUCAAUGUUCUUGCAAAACUGGUUUCCUAUUAAUUUACGAUGGCAAAACUUGUGAAGAUAUUAAUGAAUGUAUUGCAAAUAAUGCUGGUUGUGAGCAUACCUGUAUUAAUGAAGAAGGUGGAUAUGCAUGUACCUGUGAAGUUGGCUAUAAUUUAGCAUCUGACAACCAUUCCUGCUAUGAUAUUAAUGAAUGUUUAUCAAAUAACGGUGACUGUAGUCAAUUGUGCAAGAAUGAGGAAGGCAGUUACCAUUGCAAAUGCUUUCGUGGUUUCAGUCUUGCAGAAGAUGGCAAAACAUGCAUUGAACACAAUGAUAUGAUGUUUCGUCAACAAGAACACUCGGAAAUUUCAAUAGAAGAUGAAAGCAUACCGCAGGAUCUUCCUAAAUUGUCACAUUUUGGUGCUAUACGUAUGCUCCACAGUCUUCCUACCGCUUGCGAAUAUGGACGAUUUGGAAAAGAUUGUCGUUAUCGAUGCGUUGAUUGUAAAAAUGGAGGAAAAUGUCGUCGUGAUAAGAGUGGUUGUGAAUGUGCUUCCGGAUAUACCGGUGUAGUUUGUGAGGAUCAAUGUGCAGAAGGUACAUGGGGAUUGGGUUGUAAAAAAGCAUGCGAAUGUAAUGGACAAAUUUGCAAUCAUAUUACCGGUGAAUGCGAUUGUCCGGAUGGUGCCGAAUGUGACGAUAGUUGUCCGGCUGGCUUCUAUGGACCUUCGUGCAAUUUACCGUGUCAGAUGACCUGUAACAGUGGACGAUGUGACAGGAAAUAUGGGUAUUGCUCUUGUCCAAGUGGUUAUUAUGGUGAAAAAUGCGAUCAGAUUUGUCCACGAUUCAGUUAUGGUCGUAAUUGUCGCCAUGUUUGCAACUGCGAGAAAGAAUACUCAGAAGGUUGUGAACCAAAGACUGGAAAAUGCAUUUGCAAAAGUGGUUUCUACGGUCCAUUCUGUAAACGACGUUGUCCGGUUGGUCUCUACGGACAAUCCUGUACCAAAAAGUGCAGAUGCGCUGAAAAUCAGGAAUGUGAUUCUACUACUGGCGACUGUCUCAAAAAAUGUCGUCCAGGAUAUACCGGUGAUCAAUGCCAAACACCUUGUCCUGCCGGUAUGUACGGAUAUAACUGUACUCAGAAAUGUGCAUGCGAAACAGGUACAUCUCAAGUAUGUCAUCAUGUCACCGGAACAUGUGCAUGCCGACCUGGUUAUUACGGUGUAUUGUGUGAUAAGAUGUGUCCUAGUGGCUUAUACGGUCCCAACUGUCAACAUGAAUGUUCCUGUAAAAAUAAUGGUACCUGUAAUAGCAAAGAUGGUUCAUGCAUCUGUCCAGCAGGAUAUUAUGGUGCCACUUGUAGUGAAGUUUGUCCAAGCAAUCAUUUUGGUCUAAAUUGUAUGCAACUUUGUGACUGUCAUAAUGGCGCUGAUUGCGAUCCUUCAAAUGGUUUAUGCAAAUGUUUGACCGGUUGGAGUGGUCAGAAAUGCGAUAUACCAUGUCCGGAAGGAUAUUUUGGUAUUAAUUGCAACGAGCGAUGUAAUUGCGAACAAGGAGUGCAAUGUGAUCCAACUGAUGGGGAAUGUACUUGCCCGCCGGGAUAUCACGGGAAAAACUGUAAGCAACAAUGUGAGGAAGGUUAUUUUGGUAAUCGCUGUAAAGGUAUUUGUGUUUGUCGAAAUGAUGCCACUUGUGAUCCAAUCAAUGGUGUUUGCACUUGCAAGCCUGGUUGGCGUGGCCAGUACUGUGAUAGGCCAUGUCCUGAUGGACGAUACGGUGCUGGUUGUAGAAAGAUCUGCGAUUGCUCUUCAUCAUUUACUUCAGAGAAUACUGAAAUAACACCAUUUACCUUGAAAUGCCAUCCAGUAACCGGAGAAUGCCUUUGUGCUGAGGGUUGGACUGGGUCUAAUUGUCGAACGCCGUGUCCUUCAAACAGAUGGGGCAUUGGUUGUAAUGAGGAGUGUCGGUGCAUGAACAAUGGAAUUUGUGAUCGAUUUACAGGGAAUUGUGAUUGUCCAGCGGGAUUUAUGGGACCAAACUGCGAAGAAGAAUGUCCAUCCGAUCACUAUGGACCCAAUUGUAACAAUCAUUGUCUUUGCAUGCACAAUGGUACUUGCGACCCUAAGAAUGGUACCUGCAAAUGUGCAGCGGGUUGGACCGGACCUGCAUGUGAAUUUACGUGUCCAUUUGAACGGUAUGGAAUAAAUUGUGAGCAAACAUGUAAUUGUAUGCGAGGUGCAAGUUGCAAUCGUACAGAUGGUACUUGUCAAUGUUUACCUGGUUCCAUUGGUGAAAGAUGUGAGCGCAUUUGUCCUCAUGGUUUGUUUGGUGAACAUUGCGAAGAAUUAUGCUUGUGUGAAAAUGGUGCAAGUUGUGAUCCAAUCAGUGGUCACUGUCACUGUGCUCCUGGUUGGCGUGGACGCAAAUGCAAUCGACCAUGCCUUAAAGGCUAUUAUGGAAAGCAUUGUGCCUUAGCUUGUCGAUGUCCGAAUCAGAAACCAUGCAAUCAUAUCACCGGUCGCUGUCAUUGUCCCAACGGUUACACCGGUCAUUCCUGCACUGAACUUUGUCCUCUUGGAACAUUCGGCGAGAACUGUGCACAGCAGUGUGAAUGUGCGCCAAAUGCGAACUGUGAUCCAAUCACUGGGAAGUGUUUCUGUAAGCCAGGAUAUGCAGGAUGUAUUCAAGGACGAUAUGGUAUAAAUUGUGAUGGUAUUUGUCAGUGUAUGAACGGUGGUACUUGUGAUAAGACAACUGGACAGUGUAUUUGUCCACCAGGUUUUGUUGGUACCAAGUGUGAAGUGCCUUGUCCAGCAAAUCGGUUUGGUGAAAAGUGUGAAAAACUGUGUCAGUGUGAGAAUGGUGGUACUUGUGAUCGUGUAACAGGUCAAUGUCGUUGUGGAACUGGUUUUACCGGCUUACGAUGUCAACAGGUAUGCUCCGAAGGACGUUUCGGACCUGGAUGUCGUGAAAAAUGCCGGUGUGCUAAUCAGGCGCAUUGUGAUCCAGUGACGGGCGCUUGCAGAUGUUCGUUAGGGUACACCGGUACUACCUGUGAUCAACCCUGUCCAGAUGGUAAGUAUGGACCAAAUUGUACGUUAGACUGUGAAUGUCAUGGCAGUGUCAAAUGUGACCCUGUACAAGGUUGCUGUGAUUGUCCGUCAGGUCGUUAUGGUACUCGCUGCCAGUACACAUGUCCAGCUGGAUUCUAUGGUUGGUAUUGUAGUCAGAGUUGUAAUUGUCAGAAUGGUGCGACAUGUGAUCCUAGUGAUGGUCAGUGUCGCUGUCCUUCAGGAUAUUUUGGCAAGCAGUGUGAACGUUCCUGUACCAAUAAUACCUACGGUCCACACUGUCAACUAUUUUGUGAUUGUGGCGAAUUUCAAUGUGAUCCAAAAACUGGAAAAUGUGACUGCCCUUUAGGCUUGCAUGGUGCUAAAUGUAAACAGGUAUGUCGACCAGGACGUUACGGAAAAAAUUGUGAAUAUCGAUGUGAAUGUUACAAUGGUGCAACAUGUGAUCGGGUUACCGGUCAGUGUACCUGUGCACCAGGAUAUCUUGGCUCAACUUGUCAGCAGGAACAGUUUGACAUGGAAAGUAUUGCAAAACGUGGCGAUCUUCCGGAAUAUGAUUUCCGUAGGAAGCGGUAG